AUGACGAAACAGCUCCUAGAAUCAGCUCCAACAACCGAAGAGGAGAUUCAGCCACUGUCAGAGAUUAUGUGUAAUUGCGAACUCUGCUAUGCUCGUCUUUGUGUUUCUGCGAAACAAACGGUGGAGGAUGAACAGGCCUAUGAUCCAUGCCUUGUUGAUAAUUUUAAUUUGCCACUCCAAUCGAAAUCGAGUAUCUCCUGUAUGCCCUUUCCAUGUGCAUUUGCUGGCUGUCCCACCAGUAGAGACAUGUGUGUGCCGAAGAGCUUCCAGUUGACCCGCCUACCAUAUAAUGUGGCAGGAAUAGACAAUUUUCUGCACGUACAUCCACCACCCGAAUGGCUACAACGCUACAAGAUGGCGAGUCACGCGGCCUGUGAGGGAGACGUGUGGAUGACGGCAAUGUCCCCGAGUCCACAACUAUAUCUGUCUAAGGAUUCUGUCCUGCAUCUCCGAAUUUCUGCCUAUGUUGCUUUAGAACGCUCCGGAACAGCGUUUCGUUUGAUUAACUACCGAAAUAACUCGGCUCUCGCGCUGAGCGAAAAUGGAGAAUAUGGGUUCGCAUAUCACUACAACUGCCGGGGACUGAUCAACAUGCACCAUGAGAAACUGUCAAUCACCUUUGACAAAGACAGACAGAUCCUCCUUCGGACUGAAAAGCCCAGUUUUGUGAAGAAGGAGAAUGAAUAUUAUAGGCUGACGUCACACCACUGGACCCAGUGUCGACCAGUUCUCAUGGACUUCUUCGACCGCGACAAGACACCGGAAAUUCUGAAAAAGUCGGGACCGGACAAGGCCAUCGAUGAGGCCAAGCUAACGGAUCUCAUAAAUUCCUCAGUCAUGCAAAAGGAUGCUACUGGUUUAACAAGGGAUGCCAGAAUCGAGACGCGAUUAAACGGGGAUGUUACACUCUCAUGGAUGUACGGGGAACAGAUAAACUCCUUGGUGGUGUCUCCCCUCACGGGAGGCGUAAGCCUGUCGGCAAGAAACCUUGAGAUCAUCGCCACAGCGAAGAAUGACAUCUACAUCGCGUUUGCAGACUUCUUUGUCCACACGAGAAGUCAACAAAUGACCGUGAGUAGCGGGGCCAUUUCUGGUCGUGGGAGCUACUCAAAGAGUCAUCCCUGCCUUCUGAAGCUGACAAGCACCACACCAGAGAACCAAAUGUCCGAUAUUCGCCAGUUUUGUUCCUAUAUGUAUAAUGAACACCACGGCCACCAGGGGACCAACACAGCCGCAGCUGCGUCUGGUGGAGCUCACCGUCACGGAGGCGCUCACACUGGAGGGACAGCU